ACUUCUGUUCUUUCUUCUCUUUCCUUCCCCACCCAGCUUUUCUCAAACAAUUUUCUCUGGUUUUCUUGCUCACCAAACGGUUGAGAUGGUAAAGGAGAAUUUAUACAUUACUAUUCCUAGCUUUUUCAGAUGUCCGAUAUCUCUGGACGUGAUGAAAUCGCCGGUGAGUUUGUGCACUGGCGUUACAUACGACCGUGCCAGCAUCCAACGGUGGCUCGAUAGCGGCAACAAUACAUGUCCGGCCACCAUGCAGGUGCUCCAGAGCAAGGAGUUCGUACCGAACCGCACGUUGCAGCGCCUCAUUCAGAUCUGGUCUGACUCGGCCCAAAAUCGAGUCGACUCGGCUGAGUCGGGCGCCAACGCAGUUCCAUCCAAGGAACAGGUCAGGGAUUUGGUUAAGCAACUGGAAGUGGAGAAGAAAUCCUUCGAUUUUUGCUACUUAAUCUUCUCGAAGAUCCUUUGCUUCGCGAAAGAAUCUGAGGAGAACAGAGAUUUUCUCGCGAAAUUGGACGGAUUUGUCAUUACGGUGCUUGAUUUGUUGAGCAAUGCGGUUGCAGAUAUCAAACUUCUCGAACUGGUUAUUAAGAUUUUGGAUAUGAUCUUGAUCAAGGUUGACGACCGGCAACAGUUGAUGGAAUCGAUGUUGAAAAGUGAUCGUGAUUGUCUAUCUGCGAUUCUUCACGUUUUGCAGCGAGGAAGUUUAGAUUCGCAAAUCGAAUCGGUUAGGACUUUGGAACCGGUCGCCAUUGACGCGGAAUCAAAACUCUUGAUAGCAGAGAAGGAAGGAUUGUUGUCAGAAUUGGUGAUAUUAAUUGGUAAAGAGAAGGAUCCAAACAUCAUUGAGGCAAGUUUAUCGUGUUUAAUCGCGAUAUCGAUGCCGAAGAGAGUAAAAACCAAAUUAAUCCAACUCCGAACAGUACCAGAACUAAGGAAUCUGCUAACGAAACCGAAUUCGAGCGUUUCAAUGACGGAAAAGGCUCUGAAACUGCUGGAAACGCUUUCGUCUUGCAGAGAAGGCAGGGUGGAAAUAUGCUACGACACGUUACUGCUCCAAGCAAUCGUGCAGAAGGUGUUGAAGGUUUCAAACACAGCGACAGAGCACGCGGUGACGAUACUAUGGAGCGUGUGCUAUCUGUUCCGGGACCAGAAGGCGCAAGAGGCGGUGACAGUUGGUAAUGGAAUAACCAAAUUUCUGCUGUUGAUGCAAAGUAAUUGCUCGCCAGCCGUUCGACAAAUGUCCGCCGAUCUGCUCAAGAUUUCCCCGGUUAAUUCCAAAUCUUGCCUUCCGAGUUAUGAUACUAAGACUAUUCAUAUUAUGCCCUUUUGAGAACUCUUGCUUGUUGGGUUGUGAAGUUCAGCAGUUUGUAGGGUUUCUGGUUUCUCUUUCUGCUGAAAGGAUGGAGAGAGGAAUCAGGGAAAAAGGUUGUAAAUCAAAGGAAAUUUUGUUAGUGAAUACAAACAGAGAAAUUCAUUUGAUUUCAAUUUAAGAAAUUGUUCCUUAUCGUUUACAGUUAUGAGCAUUUUUCCCUUCUUGUUUGAUGUUUGUAAAUAGUAGCUCAAAGGAUUCAGAAAUAUUCUUCAAUCCCUUGUUAAGUAUCAAAUUCUUGGGUAUGUUUGAACUUUGAAGGUUCUUGAAAUUGUUGAAUUGUGGGGGCUAAUACACUCUGUUCAAAUUC